UUAAUUCCAAUGUGAACUGUACUUAUGGUAAUGUAAGAUUGGUGGAUGGUUCAACACAAUAUGAAGGUAGAUUAGAAGUCUGUAUCAAUGGUGUAUGGGGUACAGUAUGUGAUGAUAGUUGGGGAAGUAUUGAUGCUACUGUUGUCUGCAAACAACUAGGAUAUGCUUACACUGGAUUUAACUCCAAUGUGAACUGUACUUAUGGUAAUGUAAGAUUAGUGGGUGGUUUAACACAAUAUGAAGGUAGAUUAGAAGUCUGUAUCAAUGGAGAGUGGGGUACAGUAUGUGAUGAUAGUUGGGGAAGUAUUGAUGCUACUGUUGUCUGCAAACAACUAGGAUAUGCUUACACUGGAUCUCCAUGUACUAAUGGAGAUCUACGUCUUGUUGGUGGAAAUGUUAACCAGGAAGGAAGAGUAGAGAUAUGUAUUGGAAAUAUUUGGGGUACAGUUUGUGAUGAUUACUGGGGUAAUACAGAUGCUCAAGUAGUUUGUGGUAAACUUGGGUAUCCAAAGACAGCUCCAUGUACUAAUGGAGAUCUACGUCUUGUUGGUGGUAAUGUUAACCAGGAAGGAAGAGUAGAGAUAUGUAUUGGAAAUAUUUGGGGUACAGUUUGUGAUGAUUACUGGGGUAAUACAGAUGCUCAAGUAGUUUGUGGUAAACUUGGGUAUCCACAAACAGCUCCAUGUACUAAUGGAGAUCUACGUCUUGUUGGUGGUAAUGUUAACCAGGAAGGAAGAGUAGAGAUAUGUAUUGGAAAUAUUUGGGGUACAGUUUGUGAUGAUUACUGGGGUAAUACAGAUGCUCAAGUAGUUUGUGGUAAACUUGGUGAAUCCAGUCAGCAGUUCAUCAGUCUCUACUUCUUUAUCGUUGACAUCAACAUCAAGUUUGGAUUUUGGAUCAUCAACACAAUCAUCUCCUUCAUCUUUGGAGUUUUCUCCUCAUCUUCACAAGAAGCUUCAUCUUCUCCUUCACUAGAAACUAUAACUCCCUCACCUUCACUCUCUCCAGAGUAUUCACCUGCAGUAUCUACAGAAUUUUCAACUUUAUCAUCUCUUAAGGUUUCAUCAUCAUUCUCUCCAGAGCUUUCAACAACAUCCUCUGCAGAGCUUUCACCAUCAACCUCUCCAGAACUUUCACCAUCAACCUCUCCAGAGCUUUCACCAUCAACCUCUCCAAAGCUUUCAUCAUCUUCUUCUCCAGAGCUUUCACCAACAUCCUUUACUGAACUUUCACCAUCAACCUCUGCAGAUCUUUCUCCAUCAUCAUCUCAAGAGGUUUCGCCAUCACCCUCUCUGAAGCUUUCAUCAUUGAUCUCUCCAGAGUUUUCACCAACAUCCUCUCCAGAACCUUCACCAUCAACCUCUGCAGAUCUUUCUCCAUCAUCAACUCAAGAGCUUUCAACAUCACCCUCUCUGGAGUUUUUCAUCAUUGAUCUCUCCAGAGUUUUCACCAACAUCCUCUACAGAACUUUUACCAUCAACCUCUCCAGAGCUUUCACCAUCAUCAUCUCCAGACCUUUCACCACCAUCCCUCUCCAAACCUACUCCUUUGGAAACAACAGACACAAGAAGUGCAUCAUUGACUGGGAGCAACAGUGA